CCACAGCAUCCCUGCCCUGGGCACUUGCCUUGCCCAGCCUUCCCGUCCCUGCCUUGGCAGAGCUGGGCUCAGCUGCCCUCGAGGGAAGGACAGACGGGCCCCGUGCCAGGUUUGCACUCGCAGCACUCCAGCCUGGCCCUGUUUGCAGCUCCCCAGGCUGGGCUCUGCUGCUGCUCCUGCCUUGGGGCUGCUGCUGGAGUGUCCCUUUAAACACCACCUCGGGCAGGCUCAGCUGCCAGGGAUUAUCUGCUGCGGAGAGGAUUGGCAUUAAAGGCAAUGUCUCCUCCCUCCCCCUGUCCUGCAGCAUCCCCGGGCCUGGGGGGUGUGUGCAAACCAAGUUCACUUUCUCCUGGGCGAGCACAGAGGGCUCUGGGCUUGGAGGGGCGAGGGGAGGAGGCAGAUGAUGGCACUGGGCCUCCUCUUCCUCACCGUGCUGGCCACGCUCACCUCCUGCCAGGAGCCAGAAGGAGACCUGGACACGUACUGGUCUGGCACGGCCCCCAUCUGCCUGGGGGGCUGCAAGGGGCGGCACAAGGAGCUGAAGAGGAGCCAGUGUGGGAACGGCAGCUGCUGCUGGCUGGGCUACAAAUCCUUCUGCAGAG